UGAUUAAUCUAUCGUAUACGUCAAUUUGAUCUGUCAAAAAUUAGAAGCUGAAGUAAAUUUUCGUAAUUUCUUUGUAUUGUGAAAAAUUUGAUGUGUGUCGCUUUAUGUUGCUUUUAGAAGGUUUAUCAAAUUUCUAUAAAAUACGAUUCCUUAUACAUAAAAAAGACGAUUAUUCGAAAACGUGGAGGGUUUGGAAUACAUCUUUACGUGAAAAUUAUCAAGAUGGUUGGCCGGAUUCUUGUUGUGGAAAUAAUCAAUCACCCAUCGAAUUGUUGAAAAAAACAGCAGAAAUUGUUCAUAUGUCACGUUUAGUUUAUACAAAUUACGAUGUACCGCAAGAUGUUUUUCUCGAAAAUAACGGACAUACAGUUAAAGUUGGUUUUGGAUGUAAAUCCGUCUCGAUAUGCGAUGGAAUAUUAGAAAAUGAGUAUGUUUUAGAUAAUAUACAUUUCCAUUGGAAUUCCGAACAUACUCUCAAUGGUAAAAAAUAUCCUCUGGAAAGUCAUUUUGUUCAUUAUAUAAAAGAAGCAGAAAAUUUACAAAAUGCUUUAAAUAUCCCUUUUGGAAUAGCAAUAAUUGCAGUUUUUUAUGAGUUUUCUCCCGAGGGAUCUGAAAUAUUUAACAAAAUAACGAAAAAUGUUGAAUGUGUAGCAACCAAUAUCAAAGAACCGGUACCAUUAGACGAACAAUUAGUACCGAAAGAACUUCUACCUAAAAGAUCUUGUAAUUAUUACGCUUAUACGGGAUCGUUAACAACCCCGGACUGUAAUGAACCAGUACAGUGGAUAAUUUUUCCAAAACCUUGUAAAAUUUCCCCAUGUCAGUUGGAAGCUUUAAAAAAUAUUUACGAUGAAGAUAACAAACCGAUAUUAAGGAAUGCCCGUCCGCUGCAGCCUUUAAAUGGAAGAAUUGUUAAAUAUGUGAAAGAAAGUUUUUAUGGUAAAUUUAAAAAAAAAUAAACGAUUAAUUACUGUUCGAAAAAGAUAAAAAAAAUAACCAUUUUUAUAUUCAAA